CAGCCACUGCACAACACCAAACAUCGACCACGAAGGAAAGCAAAAUCGAAUUGGAAUCUAUUGCAACUCAGCUAUUCCUCUUAUCAAUCUUUCGAAAGCCUUCAACAUCGCUUCCUCUUGCCCCUUUGAAACCGAUUCAGCAUGAGCAGCAAGAUAUUCCGUAUCUUCAACCCUGAAGAGGCCAAGAAAGACCCGGUGGAGAAGCGACGAGAACAACUUCGAAGUGCUCAACGGUCGUACCGUGAUCGCAAGGAUAAGUACACCAAGUCGCUCGAACAAGAAGUUGAAAGAGCCCGAAAUAGAGAAACUGAACUCAUGAUCCGAUGUGAGCAGUUAUAUGCUGCUCUCGAAUCAUUGACAGAAAUGCUUUCUCGCCAUGAAAUCGGGGUCCCUGCUGCGUUCGGGGGCAACUCAAUCAGUAAAAACGACAUUGGAAUGCACAGCGCGAUUCCAACUGGGACAGCUGAACCCCGGACUGAGAUGGGAGCCAUCGAUCAUUUAACAGCUCCGGACAUAGAAUCGGAAGACGGUCGAACUGUUGCCAGAAUCCCACUCCAAGUAAAGCCUCAGAGGGCGGCUGAUGUUACUGCCGAUGACCACAAGCAGGCAGCAGACGCCCUGUCGAAUCACCAUUACACCGAAAAGGAAGACCCAGGAAUGCAGUGGUUGAAAACUAACAGAGCAGUUACCAUGCCUGAUUGUGACGACAACCGAAUGUGCGAAGUUGAUUUAAUUGCAGCAGGUAUGGAGUUUGUUCUAAGGCUCGAAAGUCCUUGCCUUGAACAUAUUCAUGGUGAUCCCAAGAAGCCUGAUGACUCAACGGGUCACAUUUUGACAGUCUCGGCCCGAAAUCUCUCUCUUCAAGCAGACCCAGCCCAACUGAACAUAAAAGGUACUGCUGGUCCUCCGUCAUACCAGGGCGCACCCAGGGAUAUUCUAGAAUGGAUUCUGGCCCUUUCUCCGCAUGUUUGCUUCGACGGGGAGAUGACGCCAGCUCAAGCGUGGGAGUACAUACGGAGCCAACCUCAUUUUGGUGGCAUUGAGCUACGAAGAUUAUGGGCGCUUGUUGAUCGAUUGAUGGAGGGCAUUAAAUGUCAUGGUUUUGGUGCUGUGAUUGAAACCCAGAGCUUUCAGACAUUGGUAUACGACGCUCUACUGCUCGGGACGCAGUUCUAGAAGAAGCUGUCUUGGGAUCAACAACGGCAAGCAAUAAAGUUUAGCAACAUAAGUAGCUACUGAGAUUAAAGUAUUGUGUUUA